AUCAGCUGAGAAGGUGGGGGAAGAGAAACCAAGCCAAGUACAGCAUCACUGAAAAGAUCUUCAGCUUUAUCUAGUGGCAUUGCCCCAGCAACCAGAAAAUACAAUCAAAAGACGAGGGCUGAAGCAGGGAAGGUGAAAGGGCGUCUCCCUACCUUUGGACAGAAGGCAGCAAAAUAAUUAUGCAGAUCAGAAAAGAAUAUUUGACCGAUGUAGCCAAAGGUUGGGAAAGGGACGUGUCCUUUCAAUAACAGGAAUGUGCCACAGUUUAUACACUGUAAAGGGGAGUGCCAUGAGAUCUACUGAAAAGACUAUUUCUGUGGUUGCAUAUCUACAUGGUUUUGCUCCCCUGCUGGGACUGAAUUAGGUGGUACAGGCCCCUUGGACUAUCAGGUAUUGGAUAAAGCUUACUCUUUUUUCUUCCUGUACGAGGCAUACCUAGCACGAGAACUGAAAGACACUGCGGGUCUUUUUCAGAAGAUACAAAGAAACCGAGAGAAUCUCCUGCCUUUCCCUUCUGCACCAGCCUGCUGUACCAUGGGAUGUAGGCAAAGCUCUGAGGAGAAAGAGGCCGCGCGGCGGUCCCGGAGGAUUGACCGCCACCUGCGCUCUGAAAGCCAGCGGCAGCGGAGAGAGAUUAAGCUCCUGCUCCUGGGUACCAGCAACUCUGGCAAGAGUACGAUAGUAAAGCAGAUGAAAAUCAUCCAUAGCGGAGGCUUCAACCUGGAGGCCUGCAAGGAAUACAAACCCCUGAUCAUCUAUAACGCUAUCGACUCCCUCACGCGGAUCAUUCGGGCUCUAGCCACCCUCAAGAUAGAAUUUCACAAUCCCGACAGGGCCUACGAUGCUGUGCAGCUUUUUGCCCUGACGGGCCCAGCCGAGAGCAAGGGCGAGAUUACCCCCGAGCUCCUGGGGGUCAUGAAGCGGCUCUGGGCAGACCCCGGCGUGCAGGAGUGUUUCUGCCGCUCCAACGAGUACCACCUGGAGGACAACGCCGCCUACUACCUGAACGACCUCGAAAGGAUUGCGGCGCUGGACUACAUCCCUACCGUGGAAGAUAUUCUCCGUUCUCGGGACAUGACCACAGGGAUUGUAGAAAAUAAGUUUACCUUCAAAGAGCUGACUUUCAAAAUGGUGGAUGUGGGUGGGCAGCGAUCGGAGCGCAAAAAGUGGAUCCACUGUUUCGAGGGGGUUACAGCAAUAAUUUUCUGCGUGGAGCUGAGCGGAUAUGACUUGAAGCUAUAUGAGGAUAACCAAACAAGUCGAAUGGCAGAAAGUUUGCGUCUCUUUGAUUCCAUCUGCAACAACAAUUGGUUUAUCAACACUUCCCUCAUCCUCUUUUUGAAUAAGAAAGAUCUGCUGGCAGAAAAAAUCCGGCGCAUCCCCUUAACAGUCUGCUUUCCUGAGUACAAAGGGCAAAACACUUAUGAGGAGGCAGCAGUCUACAUCCAACGCCAAUUUGAGGACUUGAACCGCAACAAGGAGACCAAGGAAAUCUAUUCGCACUUCACCUGCGCCACUGAUACCAGUAACAUCCAAUUUGUGUUCGAUGCAGUGACAGAUGUCAUCAUUCAGAACAAUCUCAAAUAUAUUGGCCUCUGCUAAGAAUCCUUGGGCUUAAUCUGUUACCUGAAGUGAUUAAAAAAAAGGGGCUAGCCACCUCCACUUUUAGUGGAAAAAAAUGGGGCAAAGCUUAGAAGCCCAAGGAAAGAAAAGGGGAAAUGUGAUGUACACACACAGAUCCUCUUAUGCCCCGUUAACCUGCCACAUUAUUUUUCACAAAUAUAUGUUCUGGAGAGUAAAAGCUACCUCUCCAAAAAAUACAGCCCACUCCUGCUCUCUUCCCUAGAAACUUAAAUCCCAAGCAGAAACAAAAAAAGAGAUAGAGGCCUAACUCUGUGGAGAUGUUUUCUCCACAGUCACUGCACUUUUAUUCCAUUUAUUCCAUUCCAUUUCCUAGAGUGGAAGUGUUAUCAUAUUCUAUGUAAGAAAUAAUUCUUCAUCCAGCUGUCCUAAAAAUCAUUUUAUUGACAAGAAGAUAUA